AUGGCCUCCCAACAAUUUAACAAUUAUUUGAAUCAAUUCAAGAUAAAACUAGAUGAAGAUUCAUUAGAGUAUAUUAGCGGCAUGCUUGGCGAUAUGACACUCACCGAUCACGACGAAGUACGCGAAUCCACCGAGACAUUUCUCAUCGAUGCCAACAUCAAUGACAAGGCGAGAAAUGAUUUCUAUAAAGCUUUGUUUUCUAGCGAAGCAUUCAAGGGUACAUCAUCUAGCAGCGCAUCUAUCAGCGGCCCGGUCUUGAUCAACAGCAGCAGCAGCAAGAAGGACUCAAAACCAGACGAGAAGAAGAGUGAAGCAGAGGAUGAAGACCAAGACAAGCAGACCACUGCAAGAAAACGAGUUACUGGAGCCAAACGCGUGGGGAAACGUGGGGUGCGUGGUAAACAGGCAGCAGCAGUGACAUCCGAAGAUGAUGAGCCCGAAAUUGUCGCCAUCUCACAACAAAGUCGAUUCCACACAGAAACAUUGGAGACUUCAAACAAGGAACUCGACCUUCCUGGUGUGCAAAUCUCAGUGAAUCAGUCGGACUUGUUGGUGGAUGCUCAUUUGAAACUGAAGCCCUUGACUCGCUAUGGUUUAGUGGGCCAAAAUGGCGUUGGAAAAUCAGUCUUGAUGAAAUGCCUGGCUGAUAACAUCCUGGUGGGUCUGCCACAAAACUUGAGUAUUCUACACAUUUCUCAAUUGGAAGAUUUUGACGAAAAUACAACUGUUGUUCAAGAAGUCUUGAGUGCAGAUCCAAAGGCCACUAUCGCUAUGCGAGAAUAUGAAGCUCUUCGUGCUGUGAUCGGUGAUGCUGCUCCUACGAAAAAGACUACCAAGGCAAAUCAAGAAUUAAACAAUGUUGUUUUCGGCAUUAUGCGAUCCAGAAUCAAAGACAGAUUCGACGACGCUACACGAUUAGCCACCAAGCGCUCUGGUUUAAGAGGUCGUGAAGCUCGUAAAGAACAGGUCAAGUUGGAGAAAGAGUACAACGAUUUCUGCAAGCAAGAUCCUCAGAAAUAUGUCACUGACGACAUGGUGAAUGAAGUCAUUGCUCAAGUCUUUGAACGGGUGGAAUUAGUGGACGAAGAGGAACGCAAGAAUCGUGCGCACAAGCUUCUCAAGGGUCUCGGUUUCAAUGAAAAGCAAUCUGUCUCAUUGAUCUCUACCUUCUCUGGUGGCUGGCGUAUGCGUAUUGCUCUUGCCAAGAGUCUGUUCAUCAAGCCUGAUAUUUUGCUGCUGGAUGAACCCACCAACCAUUUAGAUUUACCUGCUAUUUUGUGGCUGCAAGAAUACAUUAUCAAUGACACGAAUGACAUGAUUGUCGUGGUGGUUUCCCAUGACCGUGAAUUCCUGAAUAACGUUACUGAUGAAACCAUCAUCCUCAAGGACAAGCAACUCAAGUACCAUCCUGGCAACUAUCAAGACUGGGAAGCAAACACUGAAGAGCAACGUACCCGCAAGCAAGCCUUGCUCGAUAAUACUGAAAAGAAGCGCAAAAAGAUUCAAGCAAGCAUCGAGCACAAUCUACAAACAGCGAAAGCCACUGGUGAUGACAAACGUCAUGGUAUGGUCAAAUCGAGACAAAAGAAAUUGGAACGGCUGGGCAUGGAAAAGACCGAAGAUGGCAAACGUUUCAAGCAGAGCUAUCGUGCUGGUUACCACUCGACGAUGCGUGUUGAGAUUGUGGUGGAGCAAGAUGUCAAAACAGCUGCCAUCAAGAUUCCUGAGCCAAGCCAUCUGCGCUACAAUGGCCCCGUCUUUCGUAUGAGCGAUGCGUCAUUCAAGUACCAAGAUGCUCCCAAAAAUGUGAUUGAGAAGUUCUCCAUCAACAUUGAGCCCAAUGCCAGGAUUGCCUUUAUCGGGCCCAACGGAUGUGGUAAAUCUACGUUACUCAACAUGUUAACUGGUAAGACACAGCCGACACAAGGCGAAGUAUAUCGUCAUACUUUGUUAAGAGUGGGCUACUUUUCUCAGCAUGUGGUGGACCAACUCGAUUUGGAUCUCUCGCCUGUGGAAUGUAUGAUGAAGCAAUAUCCUUCCUUGUCAGAGCAUGAGUGCCGUGCUCAUUUUGGUACGAUUGGCGUUUCUGGUAAAAUUGUAUUACGCAAGAUUCGAACUCUCAGUGGUGGUCAGCGUAAUCGUAUCGCGUUUGCCAUGAUUUUGUAUGAAAGACCUCAUGUCUUGGUUCUGGAUGAAAUUACCAAUCACCUGGACAUGGGCACGGUAGAUAUGCUGGUGGACGCAUUAGCUGAUUUCUCUGGCGCCUUGGUUGUCGUGAGUCACGAUGUCUGGUUCUUGAAGCAAGUACUGGAACCUGAAACGGAUGGCAGUGACUCUGAGGAAGAGGAGAAACCUAUCCAACGGGAGGUGUAUACUAUCAAGCAGGGUAUUGUUAGCAAGUGGGAAAAGGGCAUUGAUGCCUAUGUAGCCUCUGUAUUACGCACAGUUAAAAAGCAGAACAAGAUGUUAUAG